AUGCGCGCUGCGAAAGGCUGCUUGUUGUUACCGCAGAGAGGCGAGAAGAUGGCGGCCGUGUCAAGCGGAGGUGCUGCUGGGUCCGCUGCGGCCGGGAUUACGCACUCUGCCCGACCGACCCACGCAGGCAUGGGCUCCCAGAACCGAGCCCAGCCAUCCUCCGGGAUCAGCCACUCCAGCCGUACCAGCACGGCCACCGGGUGCAUCACCAAUCCUGGCCACACUUCGGCCACCAGGCCCCCCCCAGCCCGAGUGGGCUACUACGAAAUCGAGCGGACCAUCGGCAAGGGAAAUUUCGCGGUUGUUAAACUAGCCACACACAUCAUUACCAAAGCAAAGGUGGCUAUAAAAAUAGUGGAUAAGACUCAGCUGGACGAUGAGAACCUGAAAAAGAUCUUCAGAGAGGUGCAAAUCAUGAAGUUGCUGAAGCACCCCCACAUCAUCCGCCUCUACCAGGUGAUGGAGACAGAGAGGAUGAUCUAUCUGGUAACAGAGUACGCUAGCGGUGGAGAGAUAUUCGACCACCUGGUGGCUCAUGGGCGUAUGGCCGAAAAGGACGCCAGGAAGAAGUUCAAACAGAUUGUGGCAGCGGUCCAUUUCUGUCACUGCCGCAACAUCGUCCACAGAGACCUGAAGGCUGAGAAUCUGCUGCUGGACCACAACCUCAACAUCAAAAUCGCAGAUUUUGGCUUCAGUAACCUGUUUUCUCGAGGACAGCUGUUGAAGACAUGGUGUGGCAGCCCUCCCUAUGCCGCACCAGAACUCUUUGAGGGCAAGGAGUAUGACGGACCCAAAGUAGAUAUAUGGAGCUUAGGUGUGGUGUUAUAUGUAUUGGUGUGCGGUGCCUUGCCUUUCGACGGCAGCACUCUACAAAAUUUGCGGGCACGUGUCCUCAGUGGCAAGUUCCGCAUCCCCUUCUUCAUGUCCACAGACUGUGAGUACUUGAUCAGACACAUGUUAGUGCUGGAGCCCAGCAGACGGUUGACCAUGGAGCAGAUCUGUAAGAACAAGUGGAUGAGACUAGGAGAUCCAGACCCAGACUUUGACAGGUUGAUAGCAGAGUGUGAGCAAGUGAAGACGGAGAGAGAGACGGAGCUCAUCAAUGAGCAGGUGCUGAUAGCCAUGUGUGAGAUGGGUCUGGACCGAGAGUGCACCCUUCAGUCCCUACAAACAGAUGCAUAUGAUCACUACAGUGCCAUCUACAGUUUGCUGGCUGACCGCCUAAAGAAACACAAGACCCUGCGAGUUGCCCCACCCACACCACGCUCCAUUAGCUAUCCCCUUAACGCCGUACAGCAGACGGAUCCACAGGGUAAUCCCGUUAGCAUGACCGUUCCUCACGUCCAGCUCAUCAAUCCAGAGAACCAGAUAGUUGAGCCGGAUGGCAGCAUGGCAUUGGACAGCGAUGAAGGGGAGGAACCAUCUCCGGAGGCCAUGGCUCGCUACCUUUCGAUGAGGCGGCACACUGUGGGAGUACCAGACCAAAGGACAGAGAUGCCGGAGGACCUUCAGAAAAUGCCACCCGGUUUUCCUCGUGGUGCAGUGCCCCAGCCCCCCUUCCCCCCUCUGGCCCCCACUAUGGGCCAAAUGCACACUCUCAUGCCCACGCAGAGCUUGCAGCCCACACAGCAGCUGGAGUACAAGGAGCAGUCGUUGCUGCAGCCACCUACCCUGCAGCUGCUCAAUGGCAUGGGGCCCCUCGGCCGAAGAGCUUCAGACGGUGGGGCCAAUAUUCAACUACACGCUCAACUCCUCAAGAGGCCUCGGGGGCCCUCACCUCUUGUUGCCAGCCCGCACCCUAUCCCUGCGGUAGCUCCGGUGGAUGAGGAGGGUUCAGAUGGAGAACCAGACCAAGAGGCAGUACAGAGGUACCUGGCGAACCGCUCCAAGCGGCACACGACGCACGCGCUCACGAGCACGUCGCAUGGCGAGCCCUCGGCAGAGUCACAGCGGCCCCAGGGCCCCCGCCAGAGGGGGGGCUGGGCCCCCGACAUACACACCCGAUCCAGCUAUAAGGACUGUAAUACCCUUCAUCUCCCUAUGGAGCGCUUCUCCCCUGUCAGACGGUUUUCUGACGGCGCAGCCACCAUCCAGGCCUUCAAGGCUCAUCUUGAGAACAGCAGCCUCAUUAAGCAACUCAAACAGGAGUGUGAGCAGCUCCAGAAAAUGUAUGCUGCCCAGCAGGAUGAACGAUUCCUGGAGCACACCCAGCAACAGCAUAUCCUCUACCAGCAAGAGCAACAAAUCCUCCACCAGCAAAUCCAGGGUCUUUCUUUAGGCCAUGGAGAGAGCCAGCCCAGUCACCUAACCCACCAGCUCCAGAGGUUGCGUAUCCAGCCCUCCAGCCCUCCGCCAACACAUCCCAGCAACCACCUCUUCAGACAGCCCAACCAGAGCCCUCCGCCUGGCUCUGCAGGCAUAAUUCAAGGGCAUGGAGGUCCGUCACCGGUGCAGUACCAGCAUGGUACUCCAGCCCUCUAUCAGGGCCAGAGUGGCAGCCCGCCUCCCACAGGCCUGCCUCGAGUCUCUAUACCAACCAAUCAGCAAGCAGCAUCUGCUCGCCCCACCGUCCCAUUGGCACCGGGUGUACCUCAACAACAGCAGGUGACCAUUCAGGUUCAGGAAGUGGAGCUUGGAGGCGUAGCACAGAGACAGGCCGGCUUUUUGUCCACGCCAGGGCACAGAGUCCUCGGGAAGCAGCUAAGCGCAGACAACGCAGAGACGCACAGUCGCAGCCUUGGCCGCUUCACAUCGGGCUAUGACCAGGCUCAGUUCAAUCCCCACCUCUUCUCUGGCGACGCCGCCGCUGCUGCCGCCUCCCGAGGUGCCUCCAGUGUAGUUGGCUCGUACAGCCCCUACCUGCAAGGAGCCUCCCUCAAAGUCCCCGGCCUGGAGGAUUACCAAAGCGGGGCAGUUGGGACGAGCAACUACGGCACCCCGUCUACACUACAGCAGGCCCUGCUCUCCCCGACUCCUUUGGACUACCGCCCCCCACAACAUCACGUCACUCCCACCCUGCAGGGCCUUCUGUCCCCCCGCCACUCUUUAACAGGCCACGCCGACCCCAGGCUGCCCCCCCAGGACCUGGCUGCCCUGCUAAAGAGGCAGAGCCCCCGGCCGUGCUCGGCGACCCCGACACCACCCAGUGCUGCACCCCAAGAGUAUGGAGAGAUGCUGCUUCUCCGCCAGCUCAGCCAGGGUGAGAGCUUGGAGCCACCAGCACCACAAGGUGCCUCUGGAGGCCAACACUACCACCACCUCCUCCAAAUUCGACCCCCCGACGUCCAGCCACAGCAGCACCCGGCCCAGGCGCCGUGUCCCAGCUUGCCUCACUCGGAGAGCAUGGAGGAGGAUGAGGUGCCAGCUGGCUACCACCACCCACAUGAGGGCUUGCUAGCCAAGGCAGGAGAGUCUCAUGAGCUCCUGGGGCCUCCCCGAGGAGGCACCCCACCCUACAACUCCCCUACACACAGGCAUGGUGGCUACAUCAGGAAUGCUCCAGCAACUAGAGAAUCGGAGCAUGUAGAGUGCAGGCCCCAAGGGCAGGCCAUGGAGGUGCCCGAUCAUAAUGGUGUGGGCUAUUCCCGAGGUCCCCAGGGUGACGCCUUUAGGUCCCGUGGACAGCUGCAGCGCCACCACACCAUCCAGACAUGUGACGAUGCCUAUGAUCAGGCAGAGCCCAUGUCGGGGAUGAGCCUGCUGGCCGGGAAGGCACUAAGCUCCGCUCGCAUGUCGGACAUUCUCAGCCAGACGUCACUGACAGGAAGUCAGCAGCUGCACCAGCGGGAAGAGUCGGUGUGUGAUGCCGAAGGGGAGCUCCAUGCGGCAGCCUGCUACCCCUCCUCCUGCACCAGUGACAUGCUCCUCAGCUAUAAGCCCCCUGACCUGCAGUACAGCAUGGAGCAGGCUGGGGUCUAGCACAGGAAGGGGUGUUUCCUGUGUACAGCGGUCCAUAUCAGCCAUCCUGAGUUGUGUUGACUUGAGUUGAGCAGCAUCACGCCAAACCACCGUUCUCUGCCCAAACGGGGGCGCUCUACGUCCCAUCUGUCUGUCUCCAUCUGUCCUCGGGAGGGCAGUCUGCGCCAGAGAGGGGGAGUGUGGGUGGG